UGAGCCGUAAAGUAGGGAACAGUCUUUGCCCCUUAACAACCCGCCUCCAUCUUUACGGCAGGCCGUAUUCCACGCCUACAAAAUGGCGUCCCCCAUAUAGGCAGUGGCCGUGGUUCCUAUCCCAGGUGGCGGCUGCCAGUGCCGGGGCUGCUGUCCAUUCAGCCCUGCUACAGAAGGCGGCAUUAGAGUUCAUCUCUGGUCACAAGCUCCAGGAAGCCACCCUGAGGGUCAGGAGUCGCUGAUUACUUCUAGUCCCUUCAAGUCCCUUUUCUGUUCCCUGGUUUGAUCCCCACGCCUCCUCGGGACAACCCCAGGUCCCUAACACUCUCGGACUCAAACCAUGAGCCUUAGGCAGCUGUUUUUGCAUUUGCCCCUGUAUCUCCGGGCUUGGGGUCCCCCGCGUCGCCUGUGGUGGUCCUUCCUCGACAGCAUCUCCUCAGUGGGCUCCUGGAGUGGUCAGUCCUCUAGGUCCCAGGCCCACUGGAACCAGGUGGUGUCAGAGGCAGAGAAGAUCGUGGGCUAUCCUACGUCCUUCAUGAGCCUCCGAUGCCUGCUAAGCGACGAGCUCAGCCACAUCGCUGUGCAGGUGCGGAAGCUGGUGGGCACCCAGCACCCUCUGCUUACCACAGCCAGGGGGUUUGUCUAUGACAGCCGGCAUAACCUCCAGCUAAGGGGCUUGGUGGUACUACUUAUUUCUAAAGCAGCCGGGCCCAGCAGUGUGAAUGACUCGAGUGAGAACUACGACAUGGUCAGCGGGAUCUACUCAUGUCAAAGAAACUUGGCAGAGAUCACAGAGCUUAUCCACACUGCUCUCCUUGUGCAUCGUGGGAUAGUAAAUUUAAAUGAAUUGCAAUCUUCUGACGGACCACUGAAGGACAUGGAAUUUGGAAAUAAAAUCGCUAUCCUGAGCGGAGACUUUCUUCUAGCAAAUGCCUGCAAUGGACUCGCCCUGCUACAGAACACCAAGGUUGUGGAACUUAUAGCAAGUGCUCUCAUGGACUUGGUACAAGGAGUGUACCAUGAAAAUUCUACUUCAGCAAAGGAAAAUCAUAUCACAGAUGAUAUUGGAAUAUCGACUUGGAAGGAGCAGACUUUUCUCUCCCAUGGUGCCUUGCUAGCGAAGAGCUGCCAAGCUGCAAUGAAACUAGCAAACCAUGAUGCUGAGGUUCAGGGGAUGGCAUUUCAGUACGGGAAGCACAUGGCCAUGAGUCAUAAGAUACAUUCUGACCUCCAGCCUUUUAUGAAAGAAAAAGCCAGUGACUCCACCACUUUUAAUCUAAACUCAGCUCCUGUAGUCUUCCACCAGGAAUUUCUUGGGAGAGAUCUAUGGAUUAAGCAAAUUGGAGAGGCUCAAGAAGAAGGAAAAUUAGACUAUGAUAAGUUGCGAGAAACAAUCAAAGCUGGCCAAGGUGUGACUUCAGCUAUUGACCUGUGUCGUUACCAUGGAAACAAGGCACUGGAAGCCCUGGAGAGCUUUCCUCCCUCGGAGGCCAGAUCUGCUUUAGAAAACAUUGUGUUUGCUGUGACCAGAUUUUUAUGACACCAAAUUAAAAAGACGCUAUUGUUUCGUUAGCUGAAAAUCCUAGGAAAUGAGGUGAUGGGAGCACGCUUUUGCGAUGAAAUGUCUAAAUGCAUUCAUGACUUUAAAAUCAUAUACAUUUUAUUCCUUCCUUUUCUCACACUGCUAAAUGAAUACUGCCUUCUUUCUGGAACCACUACAAACAAAAUUAGAAGAAAAAAAAAGGUCAAGCAGUUUUCACUUGUCACACCAGAAGCACACUUGAGGCUGCAGUAGCAGAAAUAAUUAAUGAGAUUCACUCCUGUGACCUCAGCAAAUGGACAGGAAAUAAGUCCUUAUUGAUUGGACCGAGCCAGGGAUGGCGCCAGGGCGGUGGCCUGUGGUUUUCCUUCUAGAGAGGAUAAAGCAAGCUGGAAGCUGCAGGUGUCAGGAGAAACAUUACCAAUACCGGUCAGGGAGGACUGUCAAACCAGAAACUGGUGACCAAUUUGUCAUAACGGAGAGCAGUUCAAUGAAUUAAGGGAAAAUACACCUUAUUUGUUGUCUUCAAGUUAUGUCUCUGUAUUUGUAGAUAUAUGAAUACACUUGGUGCUUCACAGUUUUUGUAAGACUUUUUUGGAGACAUUUCUGAAAAGUUGCCAAAUAUGUGAAGUAGGAGAUUAAAAUGUUAUCAAAUGUUAAUUUUGUCAUAUUAGAAAUAGUCUGUUUUGGGACCAGCAGGUGGCAUGGUGGUUAAGGGCGCUGGAUUCCCACAUGGCCUAUCGUGGUUCAAGUCCCGG